GGCUCCGCAGCGCUCGCGGAUAAGAGAGCGCGCUCGCCCGGGGCCCACGUGCGGGCAGCGGGGCGGAGGCGCGGAGGGAAGUGGCUCCGGGGCCCCCAAGCAAAGCCACAGGCACUGCUGCGCGAUGGAGCCGACCCCCGUCCCGGGGCUCGGGGACUCGUCCCUGCACCGCUACCUGGACGGCGAGUUCUGGAGCCUCAAGAACGAGCUCAGCACGCUCCUGGGCUGCAGCCCGCUCUUCCGCCACAGGUAUGAUUUAAGUCUGGAUGAAAUGAGAGCUUUGACAUUUCAGAGAGUGAAGUUUAUCAUGGGUCUCCCUCUGUUAAAACGUGCAAUUCAGGAACAGGCAGAGAAAACAAAGAAUUUUGUCAAUCGAAGCCUGGUCAUAGGAGAAGUCCUCUCCACAGCGGACAUGGCCACAGGAGUGAAGUGUGGAAUAAUUUAUUGGCUAUUUGGCGGUGCAGUCAGGAAUCUUGGAAGCCCAGGACAUGUAACUAAGUGGCUUCAGCCACUCCAGGAGCAGAAAUACACCGGGAUGUUUGCCAUGACUGAGAGGGGCCAUGGGAGCAAUGUGAGAGGGAUCCAGACUGAAGCCACCUUUGACCUCUCUGCGCAGGAGUUUGUGAUUGACACACCAUGUGAAAAUGCUGAGAAGAUGUACAUCGGAAAUGCGAUGUAUGGGAAUUAUGCAGCAGUCUUUGCUCAGCUCAUCAUAAAUGGAAGAUCACAAGGCCCCCACUGUUUUAUCGUUCCUAUCCGUGAUGAAAAAGGAAGCUUGUACCCGGGAGUGACCGCUAUUGAUAUGAUGUACAAGGAAGGUCUUCAUGGUGUGGAUAAUGGGAUUUUAAUAUUUCACAAGGUUCGGAUACCAAGGGAGAACUUGCUGGAUAAGUUUGGUUCUGUGGCUCCAGAUGGGCAAUACCAUUCACCUAUUAAGAACAAGAGUGCAAGAUUCAAUGCGAUGCUGGCAGCGCUGACUCCUUCGAGAUUAGCUGUGACUUUCCAAGCUAUGGGUGCCAUGAAGCUUGGGUUGACGAUAGCCAUUCGCUAUAGUCACAGCCGGAGGCAGUUUGGUCCUAAAGCCAAGGAAGAAGUCAAGAUCAUUGAGCACCAAACACAGACCCUUCGGCUGAUGCCUCACCUGGCCACAGCCUUGGCCUUGACCUUCGUCAGCAGGUAUGCCGGGAUCCUCCUGGACGAGGACAUCUUCCACGGGAAGGAGCUGGCGGACAGUCGGCCGUUGCAGGCGCUGGUGGCGGGGCUGAAGGCCUACAGUACCUGGGAGAACGUCCGCUGCCUGCAGGACUGCCGGGAGUGCACAGGAGGCAUGGGUUACAUGAUGGAAAACCGAAUCUCGGGCCUAAAAUGUGACACAGAUGUGUUUGUAACUUUUGAAGGUGACAAUGUUGUUAUGCUGCAGGUUGUAGUGCGGGAACUGCUGGCUCAAUACACCAAACAGCAUAAAGAGAAACCACUCUUCAGCUGCCUCCAAAACUGGGCUGAGUCUGGGAGUGACAAGCUGAGAACCAGCUUCCUGGCAUUUAAUGUGGACAUAGUCGAUAAUCUCGCCUUUCUGUUGAAAGCAGUGAAUUUUCGUGAAAGGGUUCUUCAGCGGAGUUUGGUGGCCAGAAUUUAUCAUAAGGUGAUGACCAAAAAAGAGGACUUUUUCAGUGCCUGGAACUCGUGUCUUCAUCAUGUUGCCUCCUUGUCUCUGGCACACAUUCACAGAGUGACUUUAGAGCAGUUCUCCCUGGCAGUGAGGAGCUGUCCUGACCAAGAGGACCAGGCUUUGUUAAUGAAGUUUUGUCUGUUAUAUGCAACCAAGCUGGUGUUCCAGGAGCGAGCCUGGUAUCUAGAACAUAAAUAUUUGACUCCCAUGGCCAGCACGAGGAUUAGGAGUCAGUUGCUGGAUCUGUGCGACUCGGUGAAGGAUGAUGCCCUGAGGGUGAUCUCUGCCUUUAACAUUCCAGACACCUCCCUCCACGCCCCAAUCGCAGGCAUCACCAAUGCGAAGGCCGCCUGGGCCUUCUACCCUGCACCGCUGCAACCCGAGCCCGGAGAAGGGGCGCGCUCUCAGCGGCGCAAGCUGGAAGCCAAGUUAUAGCGGGCGUGGUGCGAAGGGUGGUGCUCGCUCGCAGCUGCCACGACACUAGCUUUUAUGACGCCUGGAACUAGGGCCAAGGCUGGUCUGGCAUGCGCUGGGUCCCGGCUCUCGGGGCUCUCGGGGAUUUGGGUCGCAGAGCAGGGUUCCCACAAAGGCUUGAGAGGUGCGCGUUGGGCUGUUGGGACAGGAAACCAAGCGGCAGCCCCGGAACAUGCGGCUUUAUCAGAUAACCGUGCCGGAGCGGCAGUCACCUCUCCCAGUGUCAGUCCCUAGACGCUGGCUCCUCUGCGAACGCGCCUACACCCGGGUGCCACCAAAGGUCUCCUGCUGUCAGCGGUGACUCAGAUUUACAGUGAUUUUGGGAAACGGAUUGAUGCUGCGUAAAAAAAAAAAAAAAAAAAAGUCAAACACUCGUGGGCAAAGUUUCAGUUCAGCAAGUGAUGCUUUUCCAGUGAAUCAGACCCUCUUGGGGUCUUAGAGGAGACGCACGGACCGGGAAAGCGGAGUGAGCGCCCGGAGGUUUGCUCUCGGCAGAGCGCAAACUCCGGCUCAUCCUCCCAGGCAGGCGGCUUCCGGACCGUAAGGCGACGCGCGGAAAAUACUUUUACCAUGUGAAAUUGUAAUCUGUUCUUUAGAGGAGCAUAGAUACAAAGUUUAAUAAAGGCAUUAACGGAUGGAAA